AUGCCGUCGGGUCAGUCUCUGCUAUGGGUCAACCAUGAUGCGGACAAUAUGAGAGCUCUGCCUCACAGACAUCGGGUCUUCACUCAUGUCCAGAAGAACUAUCGGCCGUGGAAGCGACGCCAAGAGACCAACUCACUGCGUGCCUCGGCCAAGGUCCCAGCUCAAGCCAGCAUCUACAACCGCAAUGACUACCGUGGUCGUGACCGAUCCCCAUCCGAGGGCGCUAAUUCAACAAGGUCUGUCCCCAGUAGUCCAGCUUUAGGCUCACCCCCGAGCGGCAGUGUGUUUGAUGACACCGACCCGUCCGCAUUCAGCAAUGGGGGUCCAGAGAUAUGGGCAGCCUCGCCAUCAACAUCGAUUGGGAAAGGCAAUUCGGACCCGUUUGGAGCAUAUCCGAUACCGAUAACCGCCGACGUCAACAACCUCAUGACGUUUUAUCGAGACUAUAUAAUCCCAAGCAUAUGGUUCAAGAACUUCAGGAACAAGAACACUAUCGCCCUUGCUGCACGGGAAUGGCAGUACAAUGCGGCCCACCUGGAAGACGAAGGGACUGCCUACGGCAUCAUCGCUCGUCACGGCAUGGUGGCGGCAAGUUGCAGUCCAGCAUUGCGAAAGCAAGCGGAGUAUUAUGUUGGCCAAAGUACCGAGGUCCUGAGGAAGAAGGUCGCUCAAGGCCGGGCUCUGCAAGCACACUCGUCGAGCUCCUUCAUUGACAAUGCUGCAAUGCUCUUCAACGCAGAAACCUUGGCGCGAAACCUGGUCGCCGCGACGGCCCACGGGACAUUCCUAACGUCCCUUUUCAAGCAGCAGUGGACGCAAGGGAAGCUCGAUUAUCGAUUGUUAAUGUAUGAAGUCUACAACGACUGCCAGCUUACCUCCAUCUUUCUCUGCCCUCCUGUAUUUGACGUCGACCAUUGGCUAACUACAGUCUUUGAUCCCAUCUGGAGAACGGCUAUUCAACGACUUCCGCACCUUGCAUGCGCACCACUGGACCCUUCAGUGGACAGCCAAGAACUUCAAACCUGGUUCCGGAGCCGGCAGGAGCAGCUGCAGAUAUACGGCGUCAAAGAUGGUGAAGGGAAGCUGUUUCUCGACGUACCGGUUAUCAUGACCUGGUUUCUCUCAAAGGCUUACAUCUUCCACGGGCAUAUGAUCAACCAUUAUCUGAGAAAUAGAGCUCAACUUCGGCGGCAAGGGUUGAAACCAGAAGUCAAAGAUUAUCUAUAUGCACAACAAUACAUGGCGCUUGCGGCAAUCUAUCUGACGCGAGGGCCAAACUUCAACUUCAACCCCACCGUCCUUAACGUCCCUAUGUUCGAUGCCUCGAUCAUACCUCGUACCCUCCGGACUCUGCUUGAAGAAAGCGAAAUAUCUUCGAAGCGGCCUUCUUGGAAGAGAUAUGUCAACGCUCGGCUUUGGGCGUAUUACGUCGGCGCUCUGGUCGAACAAGCUGAAGCGACAACGCGACUCGACCCGCGCCCACAAUGGUUCACCACCCACCUGAUUGAGCUUGCCGCCAAAUUGGGCGUGAUGUCUUGGCACAUGCUGGAAGGCCUACUACGUGGGUUCCUCUACUCGGACAUCCUGACCGCACAGGGUUCGCAAUGGUUCGAGCAGCUGAUGGCUGCGUUCUGCAACGUCGAGUCUUGA